AUGUCGGAACGCAGCAACGUCUCGGCCUCUGGCCCCAGAGCCAAUCCUCUCUACGGCGGACCAGCUAACCCCAGCGCUGGAAACCGAACCCCUUCAUGGGCGCGUAAAUCCGGCGCAGGCGGUGCCCGGCCGUCGUUCAGCGAUGCCGCCUCUUCCCCCCCUGAUUCCCCCGCGCGCUCCGCCCGAAGCAACAACGGCCCAUCGUACUACGCCCCGCACUACGAGCACCCCGGCUACACCGUCGAAACGCCCGGCGCUAACGACGCUAUGCUGGGGCAAUCCCCGUUUCGCGCGCCCCCUUACUACGUGCAGACGCCCGCGCACUCCGAGCGCCCCGGCUCCCCCAUGUCGUCAGUCCCCGACUCCCCCGCGCACACCAUGUCGUACGAUAUGCGCAGUGUGCGGUCCGGGAAGCCAGGCUCGUCGCGCGUCUACGGCGCGCCGGCUCGCGCGGCCGCGGCGCCGCUUGCGUCGCGGAUCAACGAGGAGGGCGACGAAGAGGAGCAGCUGUACGAGCCGCCGGCAAAGGAAGCGUCGGGUGGGCGGUCGAAGCGGAGCAAGCGGUUCUGGACGAUCUGCAUUGUGGUGGGCAUCCUGGCGCUCGUCCUCGCAGCCGUCGCGACGGGCAUCGCGCUUUACUACGUGUUCCAGCCGGAUGCUCCCACGUAUACCUUCGAUUAUGCGACGCUCAACGAGUUCCAGAUCGUGAACAAGCUCGCCGACGGUACCGGCUUGCCGACAGACCAGCUUUUCGCCAACGUUACUUUCGUCUUCUCUGCGAUCAACCCGAACGGGAAGUACACGCUACAGGGCGAUGGUGGUCUGCUGCAAGUCGGCUACAGCUCCAUUCCCACGCUCAUGCAAGGAGGGGUCCCCUAUUUCGCCCUCAGUUCUAAGAACUUCACCAACUUCACGACAUCAGUCGGCGUAGCCAUGUACCCGUUAUACGGUGACGUGGCGACCCGCAUAUUCCUCGAGUCGCAGGCGGGGCCGAACGUGGGCGUGUGCGUGCUCUCCGCCAACGGCUCUAUUUCCAGCGCCACGCUCCGAGACCCCUCUGGCGGCGCCAACACCACCAUUCACGAGGGUCGCUUUGAGCUGCUGAACAUGUCGGGCUCGUUUCUGCCGCACGACCCGGCGGAUCCCGAUGGGCGAAUGGGCGGGCUGAGCGUGAGCCUCGUCAGCUCCAACGGCCGCGUUGUGGGCGGCGGUGUGGCGGGCCGCCUCGUUGCCGCCACGCCCGUGCAGGUCAUAUUGGCCACAUUUCUGCACGAUCCCAGUAAUCUGGCCACACCUGGGUCAAGGCCAGCUGCUGGGCAGUAA